UUUGAAAGUUCUUGCUACAAAAUUGAUAAUUCACGUAAAACAUGGAACGACAGCAGAAGCAUUUGCCUGGAGCAGGGCGGUGACCUUGCUUCAUUUGAAACCGAUGAUGAAUGGGAUUUUAUCCAUGGUGAGAUUCAAAAGAGCAGUAAAUCUAAUUUCUUCUGGCAUAUUGGUCUGGUAAGAAUAAGUGGAAACUGGACUUGGGUGAGUGGAAGACCACUGACUAUUUGCAGAAUGCUAAAUUGCAACCUGAGUUCAAGUGGUAGAGAUGAGGCUAUGAUAGGCACGAAGGGGGGCAACAGCCAUGUUACAAAUGAACACCAGGGACAACCACAUGCAAGUUCUCCGGAAGAACCACACAUUUGUGAGAAAGGGCCCUCGCCAUCGCCAUCGCCAUCGCCAUCGCCAUCGCCAUCGCCAUGGCCGUCGUCGUCGCCCUCGCCCUCGCCACUGUCAUUGACGUUGCCGUUGCCAUCGCCCUCGCCCUCUCCCUCAUCAAUAUCAACGUCAUCGUCGUCGUCAUCGUCGUCAAGGGCAUUUCAGCAGCUGGCAGAUGUGUAUGUUUCUAAAUUUGGCCGAAUCGAUAUCCCUAGAAGGAGUUCUAUGCAGGAGGCAUUAACUAUGUUUGAAGACUUCACUAUCAAAAUCCAGAACGUCACAAAAACUAGUGAAAGCAACCGCGGCAUAAAAGAGGUCAAAGCAGCGAAAGAAUCCAUCUUUAAAGUGGCAGCAGCAGUUGAGAAAUUUGCCCUUGAUUAUGGAAAGCAACACCUGAGUGAAAUGAAGCCCUCAGAAAGGAUAAUUUAUCCCAAGAUGGUUUUGGGAAUUCAAAGAGGCUACAACCAGAAUACGAGUGACUUCCUCUUCGAGGAACAACGAUGGCAAGUGAGGAUCGAUAUUGCCUCUUCAAAUUUUGAGGAAAAUGGAUCAUUGGUAGUUGCAAUUGUGUACGAGGAUCUACAUCAAAUACUUCUGACGGAUCAAUCUAUCAGAAGUAAUGCAGACAACACAAGGCAUAUCAACUCCAGGAUAAUGGCCGUAGCUAUGGACCCAAUGCCAGACAAAUUGAGAGAAAAUGUCAGAUUAAAAUUUGAAAACUUAAAGUUCUCGACAGCAGAGAAACACUGUAUGUUUUGGAGUGGCUUCAGCGAAAGUUCAGACGGCUUUUCAGAGGAAGGAUGUCAGGUAGUUACAACAAAAAGCAACUCUAAAGAAACAAUUUGCCGCUGCAAUCAUUUGACUCAUUUUGCUGUUUUAAUGGACUACGACGGUGGUACAAAGCUCACCGAGGAGGACGAAACGAUUCAGGAAAUCAUCACUUACAUAGGGUUAUGCAUUUCCAUCAUUGGGAUACUUUUAACAUUAAUACUUUAUUCUUGCCUCACAGACUUUCGUCAACCUCUUUCUCAAAUUCGAUUGAGUGUUUCAAUGUCCCUCGGAGCUGGGCAGAUCACCUUUCUCGCCGGAAUAGAUGCCACAGAAAGCAAAGCUGUCUGUGUAGUAGUGGCUGCUCUUAUGCAGUAUUUCCUUAUGGCUGCAUUCUGUUGGAUGUUGGUCGAAGGAAUUUACCUCUACAUGUUUGUGGUGAAAGUUCACAACAUCAACACCAAGAUGUGCAUGUAUCACGUCAUCUCAUGGGGUUUUCCCAUGAUCAUGGUGGCCAUUUCACUUUGCAUCGCUGCUGGGAAAGAAGGAAUACAAAGUUAUACCAGUGAUAAAUACUGUUGGCUAUCCUCAAGUAAGAACCUUAUCUGGAUAUUCGUCGCCUUUGUGACGUUCAUUGAAGUACUGAACAUCUUGAUACUCGUGCGAGUCAUAAAGGAGAUGACCACAAUGGUGCAGCCAACAGGGGGGGACAACCAUGUACAGCAAAUACGACUUGGUAUCAAGGCCUGCCUGGUAAUGACUCCCCUACUGGGUGUCACUUGGCUGUUUGGUCUGCUUUCGCCUGUAGACAAGGUUUUCGUAUACAUCUUCACAAUACUCAAUUCUACUCAGGGUCUCUUGAUUUUCGUCCUACACUGCAUGCGAAAUUCUCAGAUCAGAGAGCGAUUCAAAAGAAGGAUGAACAUGGUUUUUCCAUCUUGUACAAAACAAAACUCCAUAAAGAAGAGCUCAAAGAUCAAACCAAAUGAGGUCGGCGAUGUAUGGGCAGUUGAGCUGCAAGCUUGCGGUGAAUGUGAAUGGAAAUUGCACUGAACCAGUAAAGCUGGCCCCAACCGUCCGGAAACAAAAGUCCCUUUUUAAGUACGAUCGUAUUUCAGUUACAUCUGUUAAGUCGUUCUGCUCUUCAGUGUUCUGGCACUCAACCAGUUGUAAAUUUCAACUUCUUGUUAAUGAUUUUCAAUUAUUUCUGUAGCCGAUCGUGUAUUAGAAAGAAAGGCAUUUUCACCUGCAUGAUAGUCCGCGAAAAAGGUGGAUAUGGCGUAUUUUGUAAUAAAUUAACCUAGAAACUAUCCUUAGUCCUUAAACUUAGAAAAGAUCUAGUGGUUCAAUAUGUUCUCGAGUGGCUCUCGAAGAAGUAUAAACUCUAGCUUCCUUAGACAAGACGAGAUUUUUUUAUUAGGAAAUCGCAACUCAUCUUUCUUUAAAUAGCGCUCUAACAAGCACUUUUAACUGUAUUUGCCUAAUGACUUUUGCGCGCUAAGUGUUUGCGCUUACUGCAUGAUGACUUUAUAUUUGUCGUUUUACAUAAUUGUCGAGUUGAGAAAGUACUCGUUCGCCCCUCUCAUUAUUGUUAUUAUAAUACUUUUAGAAGUGGCAAAUAAUUAAGGCUGACAUUUAUUUACUGGGUCCAAUUCAUCAAGAGUGUUUUGAUUUGCACGAGUGGUUCACAACACAACACUAAUAGAAGGAAAAAUUCCAGUUCAAUUGCUGAAAAUGAAGCAGAAUAUCCUUUUUGCCGUGUUUCCAUGGCUUGUGCUAUAGGAGAAUGCCUACCCACUCUAGAAUUUCGCAUAAAUCUCAAUUUUGCAUAGCAGAUUUCUGCAAAAACAGAGCUAGCAAUGAAAGAACAAUUUCUAAAAUGGCAAAUACAGUGAAAUUAGGAAUGAGCAAUGUCCGUAAACAAAUGCGAAGUUCUGGAUGGAAGACCACCUUGCUCUUUUAUAUCCCUUGUCCUUUCCCUCUCCAUCAUUCGUUC